UGCAGCCAAACAACGUUUCACUCCCUCGACGAGUCCGUCACCAACCCCCUGUAAUCUCCAUUUAUAAACCUCUCUCUGCUUCCAAAUCCCUAAUCUUGAUUCAUUUCUUUCAUCUCCAAAAACCCCUCGUAAUUCUCUCCCAAAACCCCUUCAAUUUCUCUCCAAAACCCAUCAAUGGAGGCCGCUUCUCUCUCCCGCAUCGGCCUCGCCGGACUUGCCGUCAUGGGCCAAAACCUAGCUCUCAACAUCGCCGAGAAGGGGUUUCCGAUCUCCGUCUACAAUCGCACAACCUCAAAAGUCGACGAGACUCUAGAUCGAGCUCAUACCGAAGGCCAACUCCCGUUAACUGGCCACUACACCCCUCGUGAUUUCGUUCUCUCAAUCCAGAAGCCCCGAUCUGUCAUUAUCCUCGUGAAGGCAGGUGCGCCGGUGGACCAGACGAUUGCGGCCUUGGCGGCUCACAUGGAACCCGGAGACACCAUAAUCGACGGCGGGAACGAAUGGUACGAGAACACCGAGCGACGAAUGGUGGAAGCGUCUGAGAAAGGAUUGCUUUAUCUCGGAAUGGGAGUCUCCGGCGGUGAAGAAGGCGCACGGAACGGACCAUCCAUGAUGCCAGGUGGGUCUUAUGAAGCUUAUAGUAAUAUCAAAGAAAUUGUUGAGAAAGUUGCUGCACAGGUUGAAGAUGGGCCUUGUGUUACAUAUAUUGGGGAAGGUGGAUCUGGUAAUUUUGUUAAAAUGGUUCAUAAUGGGAUUGAAUACGGUGAUAUGCAAUUGAUUUCUGAAGCUUAUGAUGUUUUGAAAAAUGUUGGUGGGUUGAGUAAUGAUGAGUUGGCUGAGAUUUUUGAUGAGUGGAAUAAAGGGGAAUUAGAGAGUUUCUUGAUUGAGAUAACUGCUGAUAUCUUCAAGGUUAAAGAUGAACAUGGUGAUGGUGAAUUAGUAGACAAGAUUUUGGAUAAAACUGGUAUGAAAGGGACUGGUAAAUGGACAGUUCAGCAGGCUGCUGAGCUCUCUGUUGCGGCUCCCACCAUUGCCGCCAGUCUGGAUUGUCGGUUUUUGAGUGGUUUAAAGGAUGAGAGGGUGGCUGCCGCCGAAGUUCUGGCGGCUGCAGGGAUGAAGGAGGAGGUGGGAACCAUCAGGAGUGGGAUUGAUAAGAAGAGGUUGAUUGAUGAUGUGAGGCAAGCAUUAUAUGCUUCCAAGAUUUGUAGUUAUGCACAAGGGAUGAACUUGUUGAGAGCAAAGAGUGUAGAGAAGAAUUGGAACUUGAAUUUUGGUGAAUUGGCUAGGAUUUGGAAAGGAGGGUGUAUUAUUAGAGCUGUGUUUUUAGAUAGGAUCAAGAAAGCAUACCAGCGAAACCCUAAUCUUGCAAGCUUGGUGGUGGACCCUGAUUUCGCCAAGGAGAUGGUUCAGCGGCAGGCAGCAUGGAGAAGGGUGGUGGGACUGGCGGUCUCUGCUGGAAUUAGUACACCAGGAAUGUGUGCUAGUCUUUCUUAUUUCGACACCUAUAGACGGGCUAGGCUGCCUGCAAAUCUUGUUCAAGCUCAAAGGGAUUUAUUUGGGGCUCAUACCUAUGAGAGGGUUGAUCGUGCUGGUUCUUUUCAUACAGAAUGGACAAAGCUUGCUAGAAAGAAUGCUUGAAUCAUUCAAAAGAUGGUAACUCUUUCACAUUAUUGAUGAACUUGCUUGCUGAUAUCUACUGUUUUGGUUGAUUUCUGUAUUGUAUUCCUUAAUGAGGAUUCUCUCUAAUUCGGCAUAGCAAUUGUUGUAGAAUUUUCUUUGCAUCAUUAAUAAGUUAUGCAUGCCAUUGAAGCAUAAUUCAUGUUUUUAC